GAAAACACAACACUGAGCUAUCUACGAUGACAGCGGUCUUAAAGACGGUAUUUUGAAGCAGAUCUUUGCGUUGUCUUCCGACACACACAUGAAAUCGUCGUUGUGCAGAUAACACCCACUUAGUUUGUUUGAUGGUUCAAGAAACUUUAUGGAAAACAUAAGUUUACAAAAAUGUCUGACACAAGAAAGUUUGUUGUGACUAGUAGUGAUAGAACUGAUGUGGAUCAGGCUUCCAUUGUAACAGGUUCUUCAGAGGGUCUUAAUUCUGAAGUUCCUCUGUCGUCCAAGGUUGCAGAGAUGUCAGGAAUAGACGUGGAAAAAAUUUUAGUGGUCCCAGAGAAAAAUGAAGAGUGCCAAACAGAGCAUAACAGUUCUCGUUUCCGAACUGAAAGGGCCAGAAUGGACUCCACUUCCAGCAUGAGCACGGAUGACGAGCUAGACCCUACCAUGAGAACAUUUGAAGAACCAAGUUACAUCGACUCCAUUACAAGCACAUCUAGCUCAGCAAGUGCCAAACCCUUGUUGUCCUCGGUUAAGGAAAUGGAGGAGGUGCAAGAGGAAGACUUGGAGGAUCGAUUAGCCCGAAACAACACCAUGAAAGGCUUGCUGGAAAAUCCUUCUUACGUGGACUCCAUCACCAUAUCAAGCCCUGACCACCGUCGCCUCGCUAGGGCUUGUCGCAAAGCUUUAGCUCUCAGGCGCCAGCAGGAAGCCAAAAGAGAGAAGUCUCUAGCCAAGUACCUUUCUGAGCAGGGUUCUAAGAUCACCAGUGGGGAUGUGGACACAGUUCCUGAGGCAGGACAAGUGAAGAAAGGGACGUAUGUGAAGAAUGUUGUCCUCUUAAGCGUGGGUGGCAUGUUGUCCUACACAGCUUUUCUCUCCUUGAGGAACCUGCAGAGCAGCCUGAAUCAUCAGAAAGGUGUGGGGUUGAUCUCGCUGGCAGGUGGUUAUGGCAUGUUCAUGUUGGGCUCCCUUAUCUCACCAUUUGUCGUCAAGGCUUUGCGCCCUAAAAGAGCUAUUCUUCUGGCUAUUGCGUUACAAGUUUUUUACGUGGCCAUGAACAUUUAUCCCAGCUUCUACACCCUAUUGCCCACCACUAUGAUCGUUGGGUUGUGUAAUGCUUUUCUCUGGGUGGCCGUUAAUACUUACCUGACCUACCUGGCCGCAGAUUAUUCAAAACUGUCUGGGAAAUCCCUGGGUACUGUGAUGAGCACUUUUUUUGGAAUCUACUUCAUGAUAUUCCAGAUGAACAAUAUUUUUGGAAAUCUAUUGUCCUCUCUGAUUUUGUUUUCUGGUCAAGGCUGGAAAGAAAUAUCUUCGGGAGGAUUUGGCAAUGGCACGCUUGCCUCAAAUUCUACAUCUGGUGCUUUCGUUGAGGUCUCUGGCUUGGUGGAGGAAGUGGGCUAUUUUCCUGAGGAGCACAACAAUGCCUCAUUGGACUUGCAGUUCAACGGUUCAUCGUCUUUCACUUUUGAUCCCAAACUUCACUGUGGUGCUAACCAUUGCCACUCUUUCCCCAUCGAUCAAGCCGGAGGAAAUAAGGUUACAGACACUUUGCGAUACAUUCUAAUUGGAGCCUUCGGUGCCUUUGGUAUAUUGGGAUUCGUUACCAUCUUUUUCUUUGUGGAAGCUCUGAAAACCUACAAGACAAAAGUGGAGUUAGCAGCCGCAUUUAGAGAGGUGAGGUCCGUCUUCAGCCUCAUCACUGAGGGGAAAUUCAUCCUGUUAUCACCUAUCCAGGUCUACAUGGGAUUAGAGAUGUCUUUUCUACCUGGAGAUAUUCUGAAGGCAUUUGUCACAUGCCCAGUGGGCAUCGAGAUGGUGGGCUAUGUGAUGAUGGGGUAUGGAACUUCCACAGCUGUGUCUUCCUAUGUCUCUGGGCGUCUUCACAAGAUCUUUGGCAGAUUGCUCCUAGUGUGUACAGCUGGCCUGAUAAAUUUGAGCAUUUUUAUCAGCUUGUAUUUUCUGGAGAUAAAGGAGGGUGAAGCACUUCCAAUCGCCCUGAUGGUGGCGGCCUGGGGCGUGGCUGAUGGCAUCUGGAAUACACAAGUCAAUAGCUGUGUGGCCACCAUGUUUGUGAAGAAGUCUGAGCAAGCCCUGGCGGGGAAUCGUUUUGUAUCUGGGUUUGGAGUGACUCUGGCCUACGCCUAUGCUCCGUUGUUCUGCAUGAAGACCAAACUGAUCUUCACGGGCAGCCUCUGCAUUCUCGGUGUCGGCAGUUUCACUGUUCUCGAUAUCCUUCAACGCAGGAAACCUCUUGCUUUCAAGGUCACACAAGUGUAAAAGGUCACAUCAAUGACAUGAAAUGCACGUGUGUCACAGAGCAUGCAGGAAUGUCCACUUAGUGGAAAUGCUAUUGUGGAAACUUAUGAAAGUCUUGCUUGAUAAAUAUUAGCUGGCUUAUUUAAAUUUGGCUGUGGUAGUGAAAAAAUACUUAAGUAAAAAGUAUAGUAGUGAAAAAAACAUAAUGUAAGAAAGUUUUGCGUUUGGGUCUUAGAAACAUUAGCUUUCGGUGAUUCAUGUUAGAGUUGCACUGGAUGUAGGGAAGACUUCAUUGACAAAUAAUUUGAAGAUGGAAGGGAGGGAGUGUUCAGCUUGAGAAAUUAUUAUGGAGCAAGUCAUGAGUUAAAGAAUAUAGUUGCAGAAAUUAGGUUUUUGCUUGCCUGGCGUCUAUUUUCACAAACACCCUUAGACUAAAGACCACUAAAACUAUGAACGGAAACCUCUUCAUCUCUACAUAUUUGGAUAUUUUUCAUGAAAUUCAUCAGUCUAAAGGUUGGUUUUUACAUCAUGCUAAUGAUAUAUACGAUUUAGAAAAGAAGGGGAUAUUCCAGAGUGUUAAUAUUCUCAAAAAUAUGACUGAACAUGAACGAAUAAGGAACACAGGCUUGUGACUUACAGAGUAGAUUUUGCUUUUUUCAGAAGUGGGAAGAGAAAAUAUGUUAACAUUGGAACACUAAUUCAGUUUUAAUUGACAUAAGCCUCCCAGUGAUCUUUAGUCUUGCUGAAUGGUUUCCUCAGGGGUGAUAUUUAGAUGGUGUAUUUCUGUAAAGAACAGCCUAAAGGUACCCUAAUUCUUCAAUCUAUUCAACCACAUCUGCAACCAAUAUUUCCAAACAUUCUGAGAGAACAAUGGAGUUUAGAGAAAUCACAGUUUUGUGAAGCUUGCAUCUUUCAUGACACACACGCAUAAUUUUAGUGCCAUUUUUAUAGUAAUUGUAUGUAUCACUUCCAUUUUAAAAAAGUACUUUAGUGGUUGAAUGAUUUACUCUGCAUGUAUUCAACCUAAAAUUUCAAACAUGAUUAGGUUCCACAUUUGUAAGUGUAAUAUGUCAUAAUAUACAGGCGUAUUUUAGACAACAUUACAAAGUAUUAGCAUCUUGUCCUGAAUUCUCCCUUACACUCGAGGCUUAUAAUGUUUAUACAUUUACAUUUUCCAGUCAAAGUUCCCACACAGUUAUAUUAUUUAA